GCACUGUAAAUUUUUGCAAUUUGAAAAUGCACAAAAAAAGAGACUCUGUUCGCAUGCCUGGGUUUUGAUAUGAAUCGUCAAAAUGGACGUUGACGGACGAGAUUGCACGGACUUCCUGGAGAGACCAAUCCAAGGUGUUAAUAGUUAAUACUACCUCCCGGAGCAGCGCACGAAGGCGUCUCGCGUAAAGAUUAGGCUGCUCCUUGCAGCGGUGACCACUGAGCUGAGCGGGAGUCAGAAGCAGCAGAGCUUCCUGUGCUCGCCGUCGAUUCGUUCAUGGCGUCCGCCUCUCCCUACGCCUGCAGCGCUCUAUCCCCGUCGCUGCGAUGCCCUCUCGCCCUGUCGCUCCCCUUCGCUUCCCCUCCUCCUGCCGUCCGCCUCGCCGCCCCGCCGCUUCUCCCGCGCCGCCUCGCCGUCUCGCGUCCAAGGACAGCCUCUGCGCCGGAGGCCCUGGUCCUGGAGUCUGACGACGAGGUUGAGGACGAGGAAGAGGAGGAGGCCGGGGUGGGCCUGUUCAAGGGCGAGGCGUGGGCGGCGGCGGCAGACGAGAGGGACGCGGUGAGGUCCCCGGAGCUGGAGGUGUUCGAGCUCGAGGAGCUGCCGGAGCAGUGGCGGCGGUCGAGGAUCGCCUGGCUCUGCAAGGAGCUUCCCUCCUAUAAGCACUCCACCUUCACCCGCAUCCUCAACGCCCAGCGCAAGUGGCUCACCCAGGACGACGCCACCUACAUCGCCGUUCACUGCCUCCGCAUCCGCAAUAACGACGCCGCUUUCCGGGUGUACAGCUGGAUGGUACGGCAGCACUGGUACCGCUUCAACUUCGCGCUAGCCACGAGGGUGGCAGAUUAUCUCGGGAGAGAAGGCAAGGUUGAGAAAUGCCGGGAGCUGUUUGAGAUGAUGGUCAAGCAGGGCCGAGUGCCUGCUGAAUCCACCUUCCACAUAUUGGUCGUUGCAUAUCUCAGCGUGCCAGGGGGGCGAUGUCUUGAGGAGGCAUGCACUAUCUACAACCAGAUGAUACAGAUGGGUGGCUACAAGCCUCGCCUCAACCUGCACAAUUCCUUGUUCCGUGCACUUGUCAGUAAGACGGGAGGGACCGCGAAGCACAAUCUCAGACAGGCUGAGUUUGUCUACCACAAUAUGGUCACAUGUAAUCUGGAGGUGCACAAGGAGGUGUAUGCUGGGCUCAUCUGGCUGCACAGCUAUCAAGAUGUCAUCGAUAGAGAUAGGAUCAAAGCUCUUAGGGAUGAGAUGAAGCGAGCUGGCUUUGAGGAGAGUACUGAUGUGCUGGUUUCAGUGAUGAGAGCCUUCUCCAAGGAAGGGGAUGUUAAAGAAACAGAGGCAACAUGGCAUAGGCUUCUUCAGAGUGGUUGUGAGCUUCCUGUGCAGGCAUAUGUCUGCCGAAUGGAGCUUUAUGCACGGACCGGUGAGCCUAUGAAAUCCCUGAAAAUGUUCAAGGAAAUGAAGGGUCGAAAUAUACCUCCCAAUGUUGCAUCAUAUCAUAAGAUAAUCGAAAUAAUGGCAAAAGUUAGAGAGAUAGAGAUUGCUGAAAAACUUAUGGACGAGUUUGUUGAAAGCCAUAUGAAGCAUCUGAUGCCAGCCUUUCUUGACUUGAUGUAUUUGUAUCUGGAUCUAGAUAUGCACGAGAAAUUGGAACAGACAUUCACAAAAUGCCUUGCCAGGUGUCGUCCAAAUAGAAUACUGUACACCAUUUAUCUGGAAUCACUUGUAAGGAUUGGAAAUGUCAAUAAGGCCGAGGAGAUAUUUGGUGAAAUGCAUAAUAAUGGGACAAUAGGUACUAAUGCCAAGUCUUGCAACAUCAUGCUAAGAGGGUAUCUUUCUGCGGAAGACUAUCAGAAAGCUGAAAGCAUUUAUGAUUUAAUGUGUAAAAAGAAGUAUGAUGUACAGGUGGGUUCUUUGGAAAAACUUCAAAGUGGUCUCCUCGUUAGCAAGAAAGUUGUCAGGCUGCCAAAACCUGUGAGCAUGAAGUUGGAUCAAGUGCAGCGCGAGAUUUUGAUUGGUUUGCUUCUUGGAGGCACUCGAGUAGAAUCUCAUGCACAGAAAGGAGUCCACAUGGUCCACUUUAAGUUCCAGGAAGAUUCUAAUGCCCAUUCAGUUUUAAGGGUGCAUAUUCAUGAACGCUUCUUUGAAUGGCUGCCUUCAGCAUGCAGAUCUCUCAAUGAUGAGAGCGAGAUCCCUUAUCGGUUUUCAACCAUACCUCAUUCACAUUUUGGUUUCUUUGCAGACCAGUUCUUUCUGAAAGGCCAGCCCGUCCUCCCAAAGCUUGUCCAUAGAUGGUUAUCCCCACGUGUUCUGGCAUAUUGGUACAUGUUUGGGGGCUUCAGACUACAAUCAGGUGAUAUUGUUCUUAAGGUCAAUGGUGGCAACAUUGAAGGUGUUGAGAGAAUUGUGAACUCUUUGCAUACACCGUCUUUAUCAUGUAAAGUGAAGAGGAAAGGAAGAUUCUUUUGGAUAGGUUUUCAGGGAAGCAAUGCUGACUCUUUCUGGAAAUUAAUUGAACCUUAUGUAUUGGACAGCUUUGUGAAUUCUACAACACAAGAAAGUGACAGCAUAAGUUCCUAUGGCUCGCAAGAUAGUGAUACCUAUUACGAGGGCGAUGUGCAGAGGUGUGAUAGAGGAAGUGAAUAGUGAAGACAGUGUAUGUUCAGAAGUAGUUUGUGUAUGUUCAGAAGUAGUUUAUAGGCUCUUAAAGUUCAUCAGAAUUAUCAGGAGUCUACGAAUUUGGUCAGAGGUUGGUCAUGUACAUUGCUUAUGCAUACUUUCCUACUAACACCAGAUUGCCCAGAUUAAUCUAGCACCUAUCCAUCUGGUCAUCUGUGGCCGUAGACUUGUACAAUACAGUCCUAGGCAGAAAGAUAACAGCCUGGUCGAUUCCCAUGGUACUCAUAUUUCCUAUUUGCACGUGAUUUGUUGUACAUUCGUUCA